GAUGCAAGAAUGUCGACACUAUCGCGCUCAUUGUAUUGCAAAAAGUCCCAACCGAAGCAUCCACCUCUUCCUCGCCCACCCCUCUCUCCUCGAUAUGACGACACUCCUCUUCUUUUUCGCCAACACGCCUCUGCACUGCUUCUUCAUUAUUUAUACUUGUUUUUCUCCUGUUCUCUUUCCCAUCCCCUCCCAUGAUUUUUAUUCAGGAUCUCUGGCCACUGCUCCAGCACAUCGUUGGGAAAAUAACUCCUACUUCCUCAUCAGAAAAACCCGAAUCCAUGACCAACUCCACCUGCGCCGGCCAUGACUCUGACCUCUGCCGAGACGACUCCGCCGCGCUCGUCCUCAAAUUCGUCGCCAUCGCCUCCAUCCUCCUCGCCGGCAUGGCAGGAAUCGCCAUCCCGCUCGUCGGACGCCACCGCCGCUUCCUCCGCACCGACGGCAACCUCUUCGUGGCUGCCAAGGCCUUCGCCGCCGGAGUCAUCCUGGCCACGGGAUUCGUCCACAUGCUCUCCGACGCCUCCGAAGCGCUCCAGCACCCCUGCCUCCCUCCCUUCCCGUGGUCCAAGUUCCCCUUCACCGGCUUCUUCGCCAUGGUGGCUGCUCUCUUGACGCUCCUCCUCGAUUUCCUUGGAACGCAGUACUACGAGCGCAAGCAGGGACUCAACCGCUCCUCCGACGAACAAGCGCGGGUGGGCUCCUCCGAUUCCGUCAAGGUCUUCGGGGAAGAGGAAAGCGGCGGAAUGCACAUCGUUGGGAUGCAUGCACAUGCCGCGCAUCACAGGCACAACCACCCCCAUGGCCAUGACGCAUGUCAUGGCAAUGCAACCGUCAAGGAACAAGUCCACUCCCACAUGGACGAUGGGGAAGAAACUGACCUUCGACACGUCGUCGUUUCGCAGGUGUUGGAGCUUGGAAUCGUAUCUCAUUCGGUGAUAAUAGGGUUGUCUCUAGGUGUUUCUCAGAGUCCUUGUACCAUACGCCCUCUGAUUGCGGCGUUAUCCUUUCAUCAGUUCUUUGAAGGCUUUGCGCUUGGAGGCUGCAUUUCUCAAGCGCAGUUCAAGGCCUCCUCGGCAACCAUAAUGGCUUGUUUUUUUGCGCUCACUACACCCUUGGGUGUUGCCAUUGGGACGGCCAUUUCUUCCGGCUAUAACCCUUACAGCCCCGCUGCACUCAUUGCCGAAGGCAUCUUGGAUUCCUUGUCCUCGGGGAUUUUAGUGUAUAUGGCUUUGGUAGAUUUGAUUGCUGCGGAUUUUCUUAGCAAGAGAAUGAGUUGUAACUUUAGGUUGCAGAUACUUUCUUAUUCUAUGCUUUUCCUUGGGGCUGGCUUGAUGUCUUCCCUCGCAAUUUGGGCUUGAUGUUGAUGCCCCUCCCUUCAUUUUAUACAUCAUGUAAUUAUUCCCAUCUUCAAUGUUUCAUAUCUCCUUCACUUCUA